AUGAUAAAUAUAUUGUUCUUUGUCUUGUGUUUGGUUAGUAGCAGUAGCAGUAGCAGCCAUAUAGUUGGUGGUAUGCAAAGUGCACUGAAAGAAGAUUUGGAGUUGGAGCAAAAGCUAAAGGAUAUCAACAAGAUUCCCCUCAAGAGUAUUCAUACAAAGUUUGGGUACAUUGUUGAUUGCAUCGACAUUAACAAGCAACCAGCUUUUGACCAUCCUUUACUAAAGAAUCACAAGUUGCAGAGAAAACCUAGCUUUCAAAAAACAAUUGGAAAAACAAAUUCGAAUAGUUCACCGGCUAAACCCAUAAUCGGGCUUGAGAAGGACCAGUGUCCUACAGGAACUGUUCCUAUUAGGAGGACAACAAAAGAUGACCUCAUUCGAGCCAAUUCAUUAUUAAAUAAUCAUAUCCUAAGUCAAGACAGUCCUGUUAGUCAUGUUGCAAAACUAUAUCUUAUAACAGUUCCUAAUAUGCCUUAUUACGGCGUUGGUGGAGAAAAUAGCCUUUAUAGUCUGAAAGUUACGAAAGAUCAAACAACCUCUUCUCAUAUAUGGGUUCAAAAUGGAAAGGGAGAUGCUACUAGUAAAAUCCUCACCGGAUGGCACAUACAUCCGCAAUUAUACGGUGACGCUGGAACUCACGUCUACGCAUACUGGUCAGAUAAUUCCAAGAAGACAGGAUGCUUCAAUGUACAAUGUCCAGGUUUUGUUCAGACGGACAAAGAAAUUUACCUCGGUGCACUUGUGGAUAAUACAUCUACCUAUGGUGGGAAAAUGUUUGUGAUUACAUCUUAUCUUCACCAGGACCCAGUUACCAAAAAUUGGUGGUUAAAUUUGGAAAAUAAAAAUGUUGGAUAUUUUCCAGCAGCUUUAUUCUCCAACCUGACCUCAGCAGAUCAAGUAGGGUGGGGUGGGAGAACAACAACAACUGGUGGUGCACCUAGCCCUCCAAUGGGAUCUGGAUACUUUCCUGAUGGUGACUUUGUUCAUGCAUGUUAUUUCAAGAAUGUUACGUUUCGGAAUGCUUCCAGACAAGAUGAUGGACCUCCAGAAUAUUUGGCAGAACCAUACACCGACAAACCAGAUUGCUUUGGUGUUAAAUACUAUGGAUAUGUGAAUGAUUUUUUUAAUUAUGCUCUCCAAUUUGGAGGACCUGGUGGUGAGUCCUGUUGA